GCCGCCGGCACCCACUCGCCGAAGCCGCGCCCAGGCACCCUACGUGCGGCUCGGCAGCCGCCCAGCCCCGCCGCCUACGUGUGGCCGUGCAUGCCGGGCACGGCUCCGUUCAGCCCCGGCUCCCUUCAACCCCCCCCCUUACCCGGUAGCAGAGCCCCGGCAGCGGGGAAAAGCGCAUGAGCGACCGCCCUGAGGGGGCCGCCUGAGCGUGCGCGAAAUGGCGGCGGUGGCUGAGGCGGGCUCGGUGCCUGGGCUGCAGGCGGAUUGCGAGGAGCUGCUCGGAGCCUUCCAGGAGGCUGAUACUGUCCGCUUCGAGCGUUUCGCCGAGCUGUGGAGGGAGCGCCGCUUCCACACCAUCUUUCAUGGUAGAAUAAGAGCUCUGGAGAGGAAUAAGCUCACGAAGAAGACGUUAGAACUGGCACAGCAGUACUUCUUGCCACCGUAUGCUUUCCAGAUCAGAGUUGGUGCUCUGUACCUGCUGUAUGGGCUCUACAAUACGCAGCUAUGCCAGCCAAAACAAAAGAUCAGAAUUGCACUAAAGGAUUGGCCUGAAAUCCUGAAAUUUCAACAAGAGCUGAUAGAUUCCCAGCAUUAUGAUGCGGCAUACAUCUUUAGGACACUGCGACUUGCCAGAGCGUUCCAUUUCACAGCAAUGCCAAAGCUACUAAACUACAGAACUAAGAAGAAGAUUCAGGAAAAUGAAUUUAAAGAAGAAUUUAAAGACCCAAGUAACAGAGUUAGCAGCCUAAUCACUAAUGAUGUGUUAGAGGAGCUGAUGAAUAUCCAUGAGCACUACCAGAAAAUGAAGUGUGUCAUAUCAGCUGACAAAUCCCAGCCAGACAAGGCCCUGAGCUUGAUAAAGGAUGAAUUUGUAGUUACUCUUAAAGACAUAACUUUGGAACAUCAGGAAUGGCAGCAAAAAAGAAUGAAGUUAUUCCUCAAUGCUAAAGAAGCUGAUGAAGUGCUAAACAAAAAGGAAGAAGGAACUUCACUAGAAUCAGAAGGUUCUGAAAGAGCAAGUGCGUUGGCUAGAAUCAAAUACAAGUCUUAUUCUGCAGUUGUUGAGGCCUCCAAAUCCAGAAGACAUCGUCAAGUAAAAUUAGAAUCUUCUGAAUCAGGGUCAGAUAAUAGGAAAUCUCCAAGCCGAAGUAGAAAAAACAGUAGGAGACCGCAGCCAGCACUUAGAAGAGGUUCUUUGGAAUUCAGAGGUGAGAUGCAAGCAGAAAAAGAAACUGUUACUCAGCACAUCGGGAUGCCUGUAAUCACAGAAGAAGAUAAUUCAGGUGAAGAAGAAUUAUCUCUUCCCAAGAGGAGAAGACGACGUUAGAGGAUCCACUUGGAGAAGCACUAAUGAGAAUUUUAAUGACAAGUUGUAAAUGUCAGAUGUAGCACAAAGUGCUUGUUUGGAUGCCUUUGGACGUACAGUAGGAAAUGGCUGGGACCAGAGCUACAGGUGACACUGGGAUAUUGGUAGUGACUGCUAUACCUUAGCAGUCUCGUGGUAUAGCACCUGGUGAGUGAUGCCUGUGGGAGAUGAAGUUGCCACAUGCUGUUUGAGAAGGGAAGAGCGAGAAGAUGGUUGUUUCUUGUAUUUACUUUGUACAAUGUGAGUAAUUACUCAGAACUCAUGUUGACUUGCAACAAUUUUUUUAGCUGAGGCUGUUGGAAGAACAGCUCAUGAAAAACUUUCCCAUAUGAGAGAUGUUUGGAAUCUUUUGUCUGUGAACAUAAUAAGCUUACUGACUGUUUAAAAUUAGUACAAUAAAUCAUUUUUCACAGUUUAUUUGCUGCAUUUUAUACUGUGCAACUUUUAGCAAUAUUUAUCACUGAUCCCACAGGUGUUGGAAUUGGAAUUGGUGGUAAGUCUUUUAUUGUACUAAGUCUCCAGCAGACCUGGUAUCGUUACAUAUUUGAAUGAAGAAAUAGAACGUGCAUUUAUUAAUUUUGCAGAUGUCACUGAGCUGUACAAGGGCAUGACUAGAACUCAGAAUGAUCUUUAUAAAUUGGAAUGCUGAUGUGGAAGAAAUAGGUUUGGAAAUAGGUGUGGGAAUAAACUUGAAGCUUGGUAUUAAGGACAGGUAUGGAACAGAGAAACGAUUGCUAGGCAACAGUACUGCAGAAAAAGCAGAAAGACUGAGAAUCAUAAGCUGUACGUGUGUAUUUUCUGUAAACAACAAGCACUAGAAUUUGUCAUAAUUCAUCCCUGUGAGGCUAUAGCCUUAAAUACCCCCCUACGACAAUGACAAUUCAAGAAGAAUGUGGAUAAUUAUUCUCCUUGGUAUUUUUCUCCAGUUGAACAGAGCUGAAAAAAAUACAACCUGUCAAGAAAGGCAAAUGGAAUUUGGGUGUCCUUUUCUACAAUAAGAAGUACAAAAUAGAAAUAUGAAAGAUUUUCAAUGUAAAAGGAGCCUAAGCUGAAUGAAUUAAUUCAGCAGGUUUCUCAAAGGCCAAAGGAAUUGAAGUGCCUUUAUCUAGAAGAAGCUGUGAAGUGUAAAUAUAAAGGGUCUGAAUAUAAAAGAGGCAUGUAUUAAAUGCAUUAGUUGGUAAGGAGGAAUGGGCCUAAGUGAUGAACAGGAUGGAUACUGGAAAAACUACUAAUUAAGUACUAGUAUUACACUGGAAACUUUGUUUAUGGGCAAAGAGGAAAUACUUUUUAAUAGAGCCAAGAAUGUAUUGUAUAAUUAAGUGAACAAUUGAAUAUUCAACCAAACAACUUUAUUGUUUAAUCCAAAAGUCAUUAAUUGUCCAGAUGUGGUCAUUACAGAAAAAGAGUACUUCUAUACAGGAAAAACAAAAUCUCCAUAGAAGUAAUUUACAGUUAAAUUUAUCAUAUAAACAGUGUCUAUUCCUUUUUCCUGAUGUGACACGCCCGCUUCCAUUGAUCUUCUGGUGCUGAGUUUGUUAGGUUUAGUCUGUUGAUAAAAUGUACCACAGAUGUGUCUUUUGUUAAAAAAA